AUGGAAAUCCGUAGGAAUAAAUCUAGAAAUGCUCAUAAAAGACUAAAGCAGUAUUUCUCAAAGAGAGAAAUAACUAACAACCAGAAUACAAAUUUAUUUCAAACCCAACCUAAUAGUAUAAUGAGGAAUACAAGAACGAGUAACCUCAAACUCCGAACAAGGAACAAGAAGAAUUUAAAUUUAAUGACCUCCAUCAAAACUACUCUCCAGACAAUCUCAAGAGGAAAAUCUAAAAACGAGAACUCACUCUCUCGUCAAGUACGGACAGCGAGGUCCCAUUGUAGGAUAGUUACUUCUUCGAAAAUGGCUAAUCCUUCUCAGCCAAAGAAGAGACAGCAGUCAAGUUCAAGGAUUAAUAUUCAUAAUUAAAAUUUCGGGGAUGAAGACCAAGAAUGCUUGGGUACAUAGGAAGAAGAAAAAAGAGAAGAAGCAAGAUCUGGAUGAAAGUUGGAAGAGACAAGCCUUUGCCACUACAGCAAAGAAUUUGGAGUUGAUGAAACAGUAUUCAAAACUGCAAAGACAAAGCAAGACUCAGAGGGGUUCAAGGAAUAAGGAUACCAGAAAAUUAAUACUGAAAGCACAGGAUUACAUGGAAAAAUGUGCUGUUUUAUUAGAAAAAAAAAAAUAAAUCUCUAAUUUCACCAUUACCAGACAUCCCCAACCCAAAACCCCUCCCCUCCAAGCCUGCUCCCACCUUCUUCUACCCAGACGACACCAAAAAGUUCCAGUCAAUCGGUCAAAAAUUCCGUGAAAAGCACUCUCAAUUCAUUGAAGAAUGAAUUAACUCGCCUAGGCUCUUCAGAGACCUAGAAAACGAAAUUGGAGAAAUAAUCCGUAGGAAGAACAAAUAAAUUCGCUUCCUACAAUACGCAGUCUAAGAUACUGUCUCCGUAUAGUUCGAGAGCAGAGAAUGCUAAGUGAAGAAGACUGAAGGAGGAAGAACAGUUGAGAGCAAAGAGAUCAGAGUACAUCACAAUUGGUAACAAGUGGAAAAUUAAGAAGAAAAAGGAGCGAGAAGAAAGACAUUUCAGCCUACUUCAACAAAGAAAGAAAUUGUUUAUUAUCCAUACAUACCUUGCUGGAUAUCUUAAGGAGAUCUCAGACAAAUUUGAGGAAAAUAAACAAGAAAAGAUAGUGCAGUGGUGAGGGAAGAUGUUGGGCAAGAAGUUGAUAUAUAAGUACCAGACUUUUAUAUGAAACAGAUCCAGGCUUUUUGAGGAGAGAAUGCAGACUCGAAUUCAAAUGUGCUUUAAGUCAGUGUGGUCCCUUGGAAUGGGAGUUACCGUUGAAGAGAGAGCGAGGAAGAUAUUUUUAAUGUUUUUAUCAAAAAGACAAGUAAAAACUCGCUUAAAGAGACUUUUUAUCAAUUAUGGAGAGAAACUUCACUCAGUCUUCAGAAAGCUAGAAGCCAACGUAUUAAGGAAAAGACAGAAAUAAGCAAGAGUUAGUAGAUAUGUGGGAGGAACAAAAGCUUGAAAUCAUUAAUAUCUUACGUAAAUCUAAAAAGACAGUAAAGAAUUCGAGGAUAAAGAGAAACCUCAUCAAACUCCCCAACGAAGUUCGUGACACAGUUCUACGACUAUACCUUGAAAAAUGUGAGAAUCAGCAUUCAAUAGCUUUCUUCAAGUGGAUGGAGAACCACUCCUUCAAGACUGCAGAUCUGAUCCAGAGUUAUAUCUCUAGAUUAAAAUAAAAGUACUACGGAGAUUGAUAACUACUACCUUAAAGAUGAAGAGGUGGGUGAAGACAAUGAGAUCAAAGAGCUUGAGCAAGAAAUAGGCAUCACCAAAGAGCCGAAUAAAGACCUUGAGGUGCCAGAUGAAGAGGACCCAUCUCAAGACAAGAGAGAAAAUAUCGACUUUUUCAUGCUUGAUACUAAGGAAGAAGAAGAUGACGACUGUAUUAACGAAUUCGACAUGAUUGGCAUUGAAAUCUCUCAGAAGAAGAAUAGAAGAAAGAAAGGAAGCAUAAUUAAAGCAUUUAAGGCUCCAAUAGAUCUACCCUCACAAACUUCAAGGAAUAUCACAGAUAAGAUUAAAGGGCUAAGUAUUAAGAUAAAUAGUGAUAUCAAGGAUCCUUCUUUGAAAAAACAGGAAAGCUUAUACAAAACCAGCAACUAUCAAACUAAAGAAAAACACGGAGGAUUAGAAAACCCCCCAAAACUAAAAUACAAACCCAGUAAAGCAGUCAUGCGAGAACAAAUUCUACGAUCCCUAUAUUUCAAAGACAGUAGUAAAAAUUAACCUAAAAUCC